AUGAAGAAGCGGACAUCAGCUUGGAAGCCAGAAUGUGUACAUGAAGAUACAUGGCGCAUUUGGGAGGCAUAUUGGGAUAGGCCUGAAGUGAAAGCUAAAUCUGAGCAAGCACGCAAAAAUAGGAUGAGUGACGUAGCCGGGCCUGGUACGGGAUGUUCCCGACAUACCGGAGGAUCUAGAUCAAGUAUUGAGCACUUUCACGCAUUGCGAGCUACGCUUCAAAAGGACCCUGAUCCGUAUGAGUGCUUUGAGCAUACGCACAAAAAGAAGGAUGGUACAUUCGACGAAAUACAAGCACGGCGUGAUGCUGCAAUCCUAGAGGCGGAAGGGUCAAAUGAGCCACCAGUUAUAAACAUGUCACAACUGUAUGUGGAUGUUGUUGGUGGGGUAAAAAAACAGCGUAUUUAUGGCUUAGGGACUAAGUCAUUUGCAUUUAUCACUGAGAAUAACUGUAGUUCAUCAUCUGCUACUUCACAACUUCAACAAGAGUCAAUGAAGGAGAUGGUGAAUCAACAGUUAGAGACCAUGCGAGUUGAGAUGGAAGCUAAACUACAAGGUGAGAUGGAAGCUAAAUUACAAGCUGAAAGAACUCAAAUGCAAGCUCAGAUUGCAAGUUUGAUGGAUGAGUUGCGUCGCAACGGCAUGCUAUCCACUCCAAGUACUCAACCUCAACAUUCAGCUAAUUCAAAUGAUGAAAACUUAGGAGAUGAUUAG